UUGCAUUGGUCAUAAGUCAUAACUCAUAGAAGUGAUUAAGACAAACAUCAGACAUUGAAAGUUAAAUGUGAAUAGAAAAGAGAAUAAGAAAAUAAAACUUAAAAUAAAUUCGUUUUCGAAAAAAAGUUUCGUGUCGCCGUGUUUCAUAAAUAUAUUAUUCCCAUCCACCCCCAUUUAAUGCUGAUAUAAGAUCCGCACUUUACCUCAAAAUGUCACCAUUGUUCAGAUGCCAAAAGUCUCAAUCAUCGUAGUGACUAGGUCCGAAUUCGUUAGUCUCUCAAGUCCAACAAAACGAUGCCAAAAUAUGGACGAAUUUGAAAACGCUAAUGGAUCUGCAGCUGGAUAGAGAGUCAGACGUUCCAGCACCAUCAUCACCAACACCAACACUACCACCAAAACCUCGGCCACCAUCAGCAGCAGGAGCAUCACAAGCGCCACCUUUGCAAUCAUCAGAAGCUGUUAGAAUGGGAGCAUGUAUGGGCCGUUGCAUUGCGGAUAAGAGUUCCUGUUUGAAAAGAUGGCGUUCAACAGAUGAACACGAGACUGAACUUAUGACUGAUGAAGAAGAAGAUGACAGCAAAACACAGAGGCGAAAAAACAAAGAACGUAAACAUAUUUUUAGAAUAAUUAAGUUUAGACGAAAGAAUCGUAAGCAGUUCGUAGAUAAGUUUAUGGAACGUCAAGACUUAAAUUAUUCAAGGCUAAGCAAGACACCUACAACAGAUCUAACGGAUAUACAACUACAAAGCCUUGAUGCUCAAACUCUUCUUGUGACAGCCGCCGCCAACAACGUCACUACGACCAAUACCUUUGUACCGGCAGUAUCUUCACGCACCAGUUCCUCCCUCGAUCUAGAAUGGGAACAUGAAUACGGUCAACAUAAUCACCAUCAUUCAAAUUCAAAUCGAGGACUCUCUCGAUCGUGGCUAUUUAUAGAUGGCGCUGAAGCCGAUACCAAUGGUGACAUCGAUGGUGGGGAAACUAGUGACGACAACAAACCACUCUUCAAUUCACCACCUUCAGAUGAUAGUAGAGGAGUUAUUCUAGGAAAACAACAUCUAAACAGAGCCUUUAAUGAUGGACAAUUGAUGACUUCACAAAUGGCCAAAAGCAAUUCGAAUCUGCAACAGCAACACCAACAACAACAACAAUCGAAUUUCACACGUACCUCAUCUCGAACAAGCUGGUCACAUAUCUCUACUCCUGAAUCCUUAGAAUGGGACAUCGAUGAAGAUCAAACAAAUCGAAUGCGUUUGGAAGAUGAUAAUUUGGACCAUGAAACCCUCGAACUUUUGCAUCAAAUUGAAAUGCUCAAGAAUAAGGUACUCAAUGAGACUGGUGAUGGUCUAGAUGGAAUUGAAUUUCCCAGCAAUGGUGGUGAUAGUUGAUUUCAUAAUUUAAUUUAGAAAAUGGUGGAGUAGAGUUCAAAUCAUAAAUCAGCUGUCAUCGCCGUCGUCGUCGCCAGGGUAAAUUAAUUUUUAAAAUAUUUGUUUCUAUAAAUUAGUUGCUAAGAAUUGUUUUUUUUUUUGAAUAUUUUGUACUAUGGAUUUUUUAUAAGGAAUUUAUCUUUUAAGUCGCUAUAUGCCGUCCAUAUUAAACUCUCAAAAUACUCUCAGACAUCAUAUGAUAGUUUUUAGUUAAAACUUCAGAGAACAAAUAACUGAUACUUAAUUUGACAUCUUUCUUUUUGCAAAAAUUUAAAUAAGUUCAUUUGUCAUUUUCAUAUGCAAUAGACUUUCUUUCACUUUGAGUCCACAUUAGCGAGUAACCAAGCCUAAAAAUAGAUUUUCUACUCGCUAGUCUCUUUCGAAGCCAAUUUCGCAGCGAAUAAAGGGAUGUAUAGUGAGUGUUUCCACAAGCUGACAGCGGCUGUCAAAUUAUUUGCUACUCAACCCACAGCGGAUUUGAAAUCGAACAAUAUUUCAAUUCUCUCGUUAAUGUUUUUUUAAUUGAAUCGAUUGAUUCGGAUUCUACAUGAGCGAGUAGAUUUCAGAGAGAAAUAUUCAAACUGUCAUUAAAAACUAUAUCAGGUUUAAGGUUAAGUUGGAGAAAUCGGAAAGUGUUAUUAAUUCUUCGUUCAGGAUUACCCGUGGCAUGAUGGUUUGUGUGUUGGACUGUCUUGCCAGAGGUCUUUUGUUCGAUCCCUGUCUGUGCCAUCUAAAGUCUUUUCACGGGUACUGCCUCUUGCGAGGAAUUGACAAAUUCUCGAAGAGUAACUCUUGUCAUGAAAAAGUGCUUUCUCAAAUUAGCCGUUCGGAUUCGGCAUAUAAACUGUAGGUCCCCUUCAUUCCUGACAACAUUACUCCUUUUUCUUUUUUUCUACCAGUCCUAAUUUUAAAAACAAGUAACAGUUACUCGCUAAUUAAUUUCAAAAAUGUGUCUUCAUAUAUUUUGAUUUUGACGAAUAACUCGACAAAUAUACGUUUUGCGUUGACUUAACCAAAAUCAAAACUGACACUGACAAUUGUCGUCAGUCACAUUACUUAUUAUUUGUUUGUUUGUGAUUUACCGCAAAAAGCUAACAUUUACAUUUACAUUUGUUUAAUCAUUAAGUUUACUGAAGUAAAGAUUAGACCGGCUCUCGAAAGUUCGAAUAUUUUAAAAUUAGUAGAAAAGCUGUCAAACUGUGCUGAUCAUCAACGUAGACAGUGUCAAUGUAUGUAACAAAUGUGUUGUCUGGACAGGUUGACAGUCGGUAUUCUUUUUGGACGCCACAGAGACAUCUGUCAUUCAAAAGACAAAUAAAAGUACGAUUCUUUUAUAAAGUUUCUAUUUUCUUAAAAUAGAAACAAAUAUUUGCUAAGCAAGUUUUUCAUCUCUCAUUGGUCAUCUGAUAAAAAAUUAAAGGCUGUUGGGUUCAAAGAUUUGAAAUACAAACUGUAUUUGUUUUAGUUGAGAAUUGCGUUAAGAAAAACACGUCAUGAGGGAGUCAAUAUAUUGUAUUUUUGUUGUACAUAUAUUUGUUUUCUUUAUUUCUUUUAUUGCAUCUCUUUUGAACAACAAAAAAACAAAAAUAAUAAAGUGCCUAGUAUAAAAAAGCAUUGAAUAUAUAAAUUGAAAAUUUUGUUUUUUCGCCUAUUAUUUUUCUUACGAGCAUUUAAUUAAUUUUGAUAAAUUGAAUGAUUAAAUCAUAAUAAUUAAAUUAUAAAAACAAUUAUGUAUAUAUCUAUAUAUGUUAAAAUAAAACCUAAAAAACAAAAGUUUAUCUUCCAUUUAACUAUCAUCCACAACAAUUGGCUAUUAAAUCAAAAUAAUAAGCACAUACCUGUAAGGUACUUAAAAACAAACACAUUUUGAGACUUAAGGGUUCAAAAGUGAAAUGCUUACCUUAAAAUUUAAAAGCAUUUCAGGAUAUUUAAGGUACUUGAGCUUUAGUGCUUGAAAUAGAAAUAAAAUAUCAAAUUAAAGUACUAAAGUAAAAGGCCUUAAUGCUAAGGUAUGUAAGUACUGGAGCACUCCUUCAAAUACUGUAAAACCUCAUUGAACUUGUUCAGUAACUUGAAGGAUUUUUUUUCGAUUUCAAUUAAAUUGAGCAAUGUACCUGCUUUAACAACUUGUUGAAUUCCCUAAGCACUUUCAAUUUCUGGAAGCCAGCUUUGAAAAAAAGGACUGAGGGGUUUCAAAUUCCACAAAAACUUAAAUUCCAAUACUUGUUGAACUUUGUUAUACGAGUAUGUUCAAGAACAAGAAUUUUAAGUAGCAAUUGAUUUCAUAUUUAUAGUUUAAGUACACGGAUCUGAUUAAAAGCAUUCGAAAAUCAGUAUUUGAUUUAUGUACGUUGAUUGUUUUCAAAAUCGUUUCCUAUUUCAUUACUAUCAUUGGUAAAAAUCCCACCCCAUUAAUAAUUAAUUUAAUAUUUAAACAAAACCAAAGACAUAAAAACGAAAUGUUCGAAUUGAAAAUGUGAAUUAAAAAAAACCUACCUGUAAUAGUUGUUAAAAAUUGUUCUUCUUGCCUCUAGACCUUAGACAUAUCUCUAAAAAUAUUUAUAUAUAGUUUCUUUUAUUAAUAAUAAUUUUCUCAUAUUAAUUUUCCAUUAAAACAUAAAUUAUUUAUUGUGAAUUGUUCAUUUUACAUGUUGUGUAAUUUUAUGGAUGAAAUUAAAAUAUAUUUAUAUAGAAAAGUAAGAAAAGCUUGAAAGGUUUGAAGAGAAAGUUUAUAAAAUUAUGUUUGCAGAAAUUUAAACAAAUCAACAAAAUUUAAAAUCAAAUAUAACGUUGAGUUCAUAUUAUGAAAAAGAACAAAAUAAAGUUUAUUAAUAUAAUCAAAAAAAAAAUCACACAGAAAAAAGAUACAAAUAUAUAAAGAAUCGUAAAUAUUUUGUAUAUACGAAUACGUAUUCAUAUUUAUUAUUAAAAAUAAAAAUUAAAAUAAAAAAUA